AUGGCAGAAAUCAAGACGGCUUCAUGUCUGGGGAGCCAGUUCGACGGCGGGAGCUGCUCCGUGUCCGCGCCGAGCCCUCUGUGUGUGUGCUUUGGGGUGUAUAACAUGCAACAGGCGCCUGACGCUCGUCGUCAUUCCAGCUGUGCGCUGUUCUGUGUCGCAGGCAAUUUUCCAUGUUUGCCUGGCCUGAUUUUCCCACACGCCCGAGCGCCCAUCAGGGGCAGGCAUUUACCUUUCAGCGUUGCGGGGUGCCCACAGUUUUGCUUCUGCUUCCAGCUUGUUCCUCCGCAGCCCGUCCCAGGUGCCAGCAGCAUCAAACAGGCGAUCAGGGGUGAAUGA